AUGGAGCCCGACAUACCUCAGUCGCUUCGCCUCCAGGGCAUUCUGAUCGGUACUGACCAGCCAGAGCGAAUCACGCUGCAAGACAUCAACUUUGCUGGCAGAGACGAGGACAUCUACAAUGUGAAGCUGAUCAAUGAAGCCCUGACAGACGAUGACAUGUUCCCUGCCGGCCAUGCGGCACUCGGCGAUGAUCUCUUUGUGAUGCCAACCCUGGAUGAACCAGGCGACAGCUACGGAGAUGCAGCGCUAACCAACGGCUCAUCAAGCUUUGCCAUGGACCUGUCAGCUCCGAGUGUUCCGGACAUUGACUUUAAUGCCGGCUUGAACAUGGACCAGCCAGAGCGCUUUGACAUGCUGGAGAUGGACAUCGAGAUGCCGGAUGUGGCAGCAGAGCUGCAGAUGCAGGCAGAGGCAGCUGCUCAAGCAGACAUGCACUCAGACAAGCAGGUGGACAGCCAAGGAGACCCUAUCAUUGCCCCUCCCGCACCCCUGACCCCACCAGCACCAGGGGGCGAGAUGGAUAUGGAGCAGAUGGAUGAAUAUGCAGCAGGAGAAAUGAUGCAUGCAAGCCCACUUGCAGGACCGGAAGUGCAGCAUGCUGCCCAGGCAAAGAAGAAGAAGCGGCAUGCAGCAGCAAUCAUGGAUGCUCCGGAAGGCCUCCUGAUCGACCGCAAGGUGUAUCGGGACUGGACACUUUUCCGUGCAGACCUUGUGACAGAGCGCCCUAAGCGCCAGCGCCUGCUGCAUGGUGGCGCAGAUGCAGUUCUGGUGCAGUUUUCUCUGACGAUACCCUCACAGCUGAUGUGCCUGUUCAAAAGACACCUGAUCGCUGGCCCUGCCGCAAGCAUUGACAAAGAACUGCCCUCCACACCGCCGCAGGCUGCCAGGACAGCACAGAGCCCCAGGCGCAGGGCAGAGCCUCAGCGCCACCUGGAGGAUGACUUCUUCGAGAUGCAAAUUGAUGGGCUGGACGCGCAGUCUGAAGACCCGGCGUAUGCCGAUCAUUACUACGCGGAUGAGGGCGUGCAGGGGGAGGCUGUGCCAGACAUGCCCACAGAGGAGGAGCUGCAGGCCAUGGCAGAGGAGGAAGGGCUGCCCAUCGAGCAGCUGCGUGCAGCUCUGGAGACGCCUGGCUCUGCGGCAGCGCAGCAGCUGCAGAAGCAGCUGGGCCUGACCCCAAGCUCCUCCAAGCACUCAGGUCUGGCCAGCAUCCUGGCGCGUCGCAGCCGCCCUGGCUCUUCAACUCGCGGUCGGCCUCCCUCCAUGCACAGCCCAGGAUUCCCAGACAGUUCUGUGGAGCACCGCCUGUCUGAUGUGCGGGAGGACACUCCUGGCCUAGGGAGCUUUUCUAUGGAUGGCGGCAACUUUGACGACCUGCUGCAGCCCCUGCCAGAGGAGGAUGAAGACCUGCCUGGCCCAGGGUAUCUGACCCAGUUCCAGGCGCUGGGCGGCUCUCUAAUGGAGGCGACUGAGAUCCUGCAGAAGCAUUUCUCUGAAGCCGAGAGGCAGGAGGGUGGCCCGCCCGUGCUGUCCCUCUUUGCCCUGACCUCCAAGAUGAACAGGGGCCAGGCUGCCAGGAUCUUCUACCAGGUCUGCGUGAUGACGUCCACCAACUUUGUGAAGGCCACUCAGAACAAGCCAUACGACGACAUUCUACUGAGCCCUGGUAACGCGCCUGCGCUGUGA